GAGCUAAUUAAUCAACUUGUUGACUCCCAGAUUAGAAAGUUCUUUUACACUUUGACAGUGAUAUAACUCUAGAUACAAGACUAACAGUCUAGGUAUAGCUUUAGGAUUGUCUUAUGAAUUGAAUGGAAGGUCUUUAUAUUAACUCAAGCAAAUUCUGAGCGAUCGCUGUCCAAUACAACAAUCUACCACUGCACUUCGGAUCUCUUGACAAGAGUAUUGAAGAAAUUUGAAGUGUUUUUAUAGUACCUUGAACUGAAGGGAGGAAGAUGAAGCAGCUACUGUUUCGAAGCGCUGCACUACUAUUAUUCUGGCUGUCAGUAUGCACAGCCUACACUUGCCCGGAUGGAUGCGUCAACGGAGAUUGUGAGCCUUAUCUUGGAAAUCUCAUUUGCCAGUGCUAUGAUAACUGGUCCGGACCUACUUGCGAUGAGUUUAUUUGCAAUCGUGCCAACCCCUGCUCAAACAAUGGAACCUGUGCACAAGACCCCAAUGAUAUUUCACAGUAUGUUUGUGCCUGCCCUUUCGGAUUCACUGGAGACAGAUGUCAGUAUGGGGUUCCUCGAAACACUCCCAAUUCAAAUUGCUCCAGCAACCCAUGCCAGGGCAACGGCACCUGCUACGAAUCGCAUGAAUCGGCCCUGGGCUACUUCUGUGACUGCAAUAUUGGUCGUUUUGGUACAUCUUGUAAUUUUACUGACAAUGUGUGUUUGGGAAAAGACGAGAAUGAACUUUGCAGUGGCCGCGGAUACUGUGUUGUGACACCGAGUACAGCAGGUGUCCCACUUGCCACUUGUAUCUGCGAUGAACCAUACAAAUCCACUGGAUUUGAAGGACAAUACUGUAAUUUCUUACCCAAUAGUAACUGUUAUGAUGGCCGGUGUGUGAACGGUUUGUGCAUUGUACUUGUCGACGGUGGAGAAAUCUGCUCUUGUGAUCCAGGAUUUAGUGGCGAUAACUGCAGCACUACAUUCGAUGUUUGUGAUGGUAAAUGUCACAAUGGAGGCACCUGCACUCCUGACGGCCACUACUUCAACUGCAGUUGUCCUAGUGGCUUUACUGGCCAAGAAUGUGAAUACUUCGUAGACCCUUGCGAAAAUCUGUCUUGUCGUAACAAUGGAAGAUGCGUGCCUAAAAUGCCUCCUAAUGAUGAGGGGCUAAUCUAUACUACUUCUGGUGUGGUUAGUGCUGAUUGCGAGUGUUCAUGUGGUUACCAAGGGGAACAUUGUGAUGUGCCGAGGAAUGACACCGACCCUUGCAGUUUUAACCCCUGUGGAAUGGGAGAGUGUAACCGUGACAAUUCCAUUAGUGGCUUUACAUGUACUUGUUCGGAUGGAUAUGCUGGAGAUUUGUGCGACCAACCAAAUCACUGUGCCUCAUCAUCUUGUCGCCCAGCAUCGACAACUGAUUGUGUGAACCUUAAAGACACGUUUGUGUGUGUGUGUGAAGACGGUUGGGGUGGACCGGCAUGUGAUAUGGAUAUUGACGAAUGUUUGAGAAGGCCCUGUGCUCGAGGAAACUGCUCUAAUUCUUUCGGGGGUUACAUGUGCACCUGUCCGCCCAGUUGGACGGGAUUACUCUGUGACGUGCCGGUCGCUUGUGACAUUCUCCAAUGUGAGAACGGAGGGACGUGUGAGCUGAGAGAGGGCAUGGCCACUUGUGAAUGCAGUCAAGGUUUCCGUGGAGAUCAGUGUGAAAUAGAAGAGUGCCCUGAUAGUGAGUGCGACCAGCUGGCUGGGAAUAACCUUUGUGAUGAAAGAUGCUUUACAGAGUCUUGCAACUUCGAUGGUGGAGACUGCUUUGGCCGAGUACGACACCCAACUCCCAGCCCUUGGGCAAACUGUAGUCUGGAAGCAGUCUGUCGCAUUCUGUUCAGUGAUGGCCAAUGUGAUGUCCAGUGCAAUACUCCCGGCUGUCUGUUUGAUGGGUUUGAUUGUUCCCCUCCCUCCAUACUGGAGUGUCCUCACGACUCUAGGGACUGUGGUGAUCAGGAAUUGGCUCGAGGGCUGCUUGUCCUAUAUGUGGUAACCAACCCGAGCAGACCCUUCGUCUCACCGUGGAAGGAGGAGUUCAUCUCUGACCUCAGCAAAAUCACCAACUCUAGACUGGUGUUCCAGAAUGAGGUACUCAUCACCAGGGAGGAUCUGGAAGGAGUGCAUGAGCCCCUUAUGAUAUUCCCUCCACGCAAACUGUCUGAAGACCUUUGGAUUUAUGAGGUGACAUUCAAGUUAGAUCUGAGCUAUUGCCGUGGAAACUGUCCUACCAAUGUGGAAGAUGUUGCCAAUUUUAUCCAAGGUACCAUUGACUCUGGGGAUGGAUUCAUUGGUCCGUACGGAGUGGCAGCUGCUGCUGCUGAUUCUGAUUCCCCCUCAACACCGCCGAAUGUGACGAUAAUUGGUAGUAUAGUGGGUGUGGCCGUUGUGGCAGUGGUCGCUGUGAUUGUAGUCAUCAUGAUUCUGCGGAAGAGACAGCGUUCGUACGAGUCAGAGUCCACUGAGACAAAGCGAGUCAAGGGCACUCUUUGGAGGCCUGGUAGCCCCUCGGAAGGUAUCAGUCGUUCAUCACCAUCCGAUGGAAAGAAAGGACCUGGAGGCAAGUCUGGGUCUCCACUCGUCAGUAAAGAAGUCACACCUGCACCGCCAGAGGAGCCAGAUCGCUACAUUGCUGAGGGAAGUGUGAGAGCUGGCAUGGAGCCUCGUAACGAAGCCUCUCCCAUCAAGUGGGGUGGAGUUACCAAGCCCAUUGUCCCGUUUGACCACACUUCCAAUGAAGACUCUCGAACCGUAGUGGGACAAGUGGGCCACGACAAACGACAAUGGACCAUCGCUCACUCCAAAGCACUGCAGGACCCAAUGCAGGUGCGUAACCUUGUCGAGAAGUUCCGAGAGCAGAACGGCCAAAACAGUGACGUCAAUGCCCGUGGUCCAGGUGGCCUCACUCCACUCAUGCUCGUCAUCAUGAAGAGACACAGUUCCCACGAGACCAUGAUGUACUCCUCCUCCCGUGGAUCCUCUGAUUCCGGCAGCUCUGACCACAACGAUCACACUGCCCCCCUCCUACCCCCCACCACUCAUACCCCCCGUGGUGCUUACUAUCCAUUGAGCUCACAACUGUCACCGAUUGACAGCUCUGUGAGUGCCCUAAUCGAUGCCAAGGUGAACCUGGAUGUGACAAACGACUAUGGACAGGCGGCUCUACAUCUGGCAUGUGCUUGUUCCCGUGGCGAUUAUGUCGAGCAACUACUUGAAGCUGGAGCUAACCCUAACAUACAGGACAACUGGGGUCAGAGUGCAUUGCAGGCAGCCAUUGUGGCAGCUGCUGAGGGAGCCUUCAUGCUCCUAGUGAACCAUCCUCGUACGGAUAUCAACCUCAAAUCUGAUGGGGGAGUGACUCCUCUUAUUGCGGCUGUGAAGGUCGUCAACCAGUUCAUGGUCAACCAGCUGCUCAAGAAGAACGUUGAUAUUGGCACCACUGACAAAGAUGGCCGCACUGCUGUACACUGGGCAGCCAUGGUGGAUAAUUUGGAGGCUCUCAAACUGCUGAUCAGACAAGGCCCUGAUGCCAUCAAGGAUGCUCAGGACUCAAAGGGUCAGACGGCACUGUUUCUCGCCUGUCGUGAAGGCUCUGCUCUGUGUGUCAAACACCUUCUCGAUUGUUUCGCUAAUGCAACACUCAUGGACAAUCUCGAACAGUCGCCGAUUCAAAUAGCGUACCGGAAGCAGCACAUGGACAUUGUUGAUAUGCUUCGAAGCACCACUCAGGGUCCGUUUUCCAUGCACUCCCAGGCUCCACCCAUGAGGGGAGUCCCGAAUAUGCCGGGUGGGUUCCCGGUCACGCCUCAGUACCACGAGGACAUGGGUCAGGGUCCAUACUCUCAUCAACUCGUACACCCCAGGAAAUCCAAGGCUAAGAAAGGCAGCUCUCAUGCUCGCAAUGGAUCGGUGGAUUUGGCCACUCCCACUUAUAUCAGCAACCCAGCCUUCUUUGGGGUGCCUCAACAAACUGGUGAACGCCACCAGACGUUUGGUGAUCUCUCUGCAUCUGCUCACUCUCAACAGGGGCCCAUGCCAAUGAGGAAUUUCGGUCCCUCUCACACUUCCUACCCACCAACUUCCGAAAGUAUGCCUCCUGCUCAUGCACCCAUGACAUCCGAAUACCAAAAGCUGUCUCCCAUCUCACAUGGAAACAAUGGCUACCUCCAUCCAAUCACACCCCCUGAUAGUGCCACCCUCAAAGUUGGAACUGCCCCCUACCCUUUAACCUCUCCCGGCUCACGCGUUGACCCCUCAUCCUCCAUUGCCAUUACUUCCACCGCAGCUUUUGACGAGAUAAAAGCUGUUAGUGAUCUAAUCACUUCAAUGGCUGACAACCCUCCUGCGAUGUCUGUCAACCACUACAAUCGAUUCCCCGACAAGAGCACCACUGUGUAUCCAGAGACAUCUGUAGGAGGUGCCGUGCGGUUACAACACUACCCGCUGGCUGACCACAAACACAGCUACGACUCUGCACCUCCCCUAGACGUUACUCGUCCUUCUCCACCACACUCUAGUGAGAAUGGAAGUCCUUCGUCCGGCUACCCCUCUCCACCACAUUCUAACGAGCUGCCGACCCAGUCCUUUAAUGGCUAUCAGUAUCCACUGUCACAGGCUUGCAGCCCUCCCAGUCUCACACCUUCGCCCGAGUCUCGAGAGGAAGCGUUGGCAAGACAACAGUUUCAUCACAUCGAAACAUACGGAACUAUAAUUGAUAGUGAGCACCAAGGGAUGGGUCAUGUGAUCCAGCACCAUUACCAGGGGUAUCCCCUAGAGAGCUCAGUGUAAUGAUGAUGUCAUAGACUAUAAUACAACUUAUUUUCUGCCCGAUCUGUAUUUUUGUAUACGUUUUUUCUCUUUGUUCUCAGUUAAAAGUCAUUUAUAUAUCUGUAGCGUAAGUUCAACCCAACUUUUUGCACUGUCAUUCACAGAAACUUUGCACAUUUCACUGUUCAUUUGUAGCUGAAUGUUUGUACGACUGUGGUUUAGUAGACCCCUCCUAUUUUAUGCCAUUGCUCUUUGUGUAUACUUUACUGUAACCUCUGGCCAUGCUAAUUAAUAAUACAGGA